AUGGCCGACGAGGACAAUUCUGACGAUGAUCUCUACGGUAACGAGGAGACUACGGACCAAAAGCAGGAUUUGAAAAAGGAAGACGGCGCUUCGAGCGGUGACGAGCCCAUGGACGAGGCCGAGUCUGGUGACGAUGAGGACGAAGAUAGUGAAUCCGACCUCGAGAUCAUCAUUGACAAGCCGCCCACCACCCACAAGACCUCCACCCAACAACCCUCGCAAGAAUCCAAAGCCAUAAAAAUCGAACCACCCCCACAAUCCACAAAUACACCUUCCCAACCCCCUCGUCCCUCCUCGACAGCACCCCAACAGCAGCAGCAGCAACAACAACAACAACAACAACAAUCCCACCCCAGCGGCAGCAUUGUCCCCCAACUUGCCUCCACACCAGGGACGUCAUACCCAGCCAUCCGCACCUCAACCCUCGACAUCAACGCGAACCCCAUCUACCCCCCCGUCAACAAACCCCUCCUCUCCAUCGACAUGGACGCCGACCUCGCCGAAUCCCAAAAAAUCUGGCGCAUCCCCGGCACCGACCAAACCGACUUCUUCAACUACGGCUUCGACGAAUUCACCUGGGAACUCUACCGCCAGCGCCAACUCUCAAUGGCAAACGCCCUGCAGCUCGAGAAGACCCAGCUCCAGACGAUGCACAAUAAUAUGCAGAUGAUGGGUGCUGGGGCCGGGCCAGGCCAGGCUGGCGGUCAGGGCCCGCCCUCUAUGCCGGGUAUGGGCGGCAUGGGCGGUAUGCCUGGGGGUCCUGGGGGUCCGCCCAUGGGUCCUGCGUCUGUCGUGGCCGGUCUUCCUAAUAUGAGUCCGGAGGAAAUGGUCAAUAUGAUGCAGGCUCAGGGGUACAAUCCGGCGCAGAUGAACAUGGAUGAGUUUGCGCAGGUCAUGCAGAGUAUGGGCGGUAUGGGCGGGUUUCCGGGCAUGGGCGGCCAGCAGCAGGGUGGUGGCGGAGGGUUCCAACAGCAGGGGAAUCAUGGGAGUGGUGGUGGAGGUGGAGGCCGGGGAAGGGGCAGAGGGAGAGGGGGCUGGUAG